AUGAAACGGAAGGAGCGUUGGUGGAUGUAUGAUAGAUAUGACAAUGGGCGUAACUUGAGGCCCGAGUUCUUGAGGGGGGUUGAUGAAUUCAUUGAAUUUUGCAAAGCAAAUCCUGAAAGCCCAGGGUUGGAUGAAGUUAGAUGCCCGUGUCCGAAAUGCAAGAACAGACGUAUGCAUGACGCAGACACGGUUAAAGUGCAUGUGUAUAAAAAGGGAUUUAUACCUGAUUACUACGAUUGGUAUUCUCAUGGUGAAGAGUUCCCUCGAUCCGCACAUGAGCCAUCUAAUCCAUACCGUGAAAUGAUUUUCGAUGCUCUUGGGAAUAACUCAGAACCGUCCAAUGUUGAAGAGCCUAGUGGAAUGGACGAGGAGCCUAAUCCUCAAGCAAAAGUGUUCCUUGACCUAUUAAAGGCUUCUGAGGAACCAUUGUACGAAGGGAGCUCCAUGUCUGUGUUGGAAAUGGCAUCUAGAAUUGUAUCUCUGAAGUGUGAGUACAAUUUGCCACAUAGGUGUGUUGAUGCGUUUGCUUCAUUAGUGAAAGAAGCAAUACCUAACAAAACAAACAUGAGUAACACAUUUUACGAUACGAAGAAGAUUUUGGAGGGAUUAGAGCUUCCCCACGAGAGGAUUCAUGCGUGCCCCAAAGGUUGUAUGUUAUUUUGGAGAACUGAUGCACACUUGGACAGAUGUACAGUGUGCGAUAGCGACAGAUACAAAAGGACUUCUAAGGGGUCUUUAGUUCCAAUGAAAGUUCUGAUUUAUUUCCCAAUCACACCGAGAUUGCAAAGGUUGUAUGCAACAAAAAAUGUUGCUGAAGAAAUGACAUGGCAUGCCAAAAAUCCAAGAGCCGAAGACAAAAUGGCUCACCCUAGCGACAGUGAAGCUUGGAAGCAUUUGGAUAGAUCCUUUGACGAAUUUGCAUCUGAGCCUAGGAAUGUUCGGCUCGUAUUCAUGUUGGCCGGUCAUCUUAACCCCGUACAACUUGCCGCCAUCGAUGUGCAUGAAGAAACCCUUCAUGUUCCUUUCGUUGCUCGUUCCUGGUCCUAA